CGCUCCACUAUUUGCCCCUUGAUCACGUAAUGCGUCUUCGCGCAAUUUCGCCCGAUCUGCCGGCGAAUGCGUCAUUUCUCCACAGCGCAGACGGCGGCGCGACCCCGAACAACCAACCCCUUUUGCGAGAAGGAACGAAGAAAGCAUCGGCCGCUCGUUGACAGCCAGCCGUCAUUCCUCGUCUGCCUUUCUUUUCUCUCUCAUUUUUUUUUUAUAUUUAUACGUAACCACUUGUAUGCCGGCAUCGCGGCCUCCGAUGCUGCGAGACCUAUUACUCCCGUUCCUUCGACGAGGGCUUCCCACCUGCGACUGCUGCCGCGCACACGUGGUGCCUGCACUGCCUUCUCUCGCGUUUUCGUCGCAUUCUUGCCGGGACGAUGGCUGACUGGCGGUUCCGCGUCUCGACGUUUUCUUUUCGCCGUCCAACAACCUGUCGCUCUCUCCGUAUCUUCUGUCGUCGCCACUGGACGCUCCCCGCGCGUAAGUGCUGCAGCGGGCAAACAGAGGGCCGCCCCGUCUUCUAUUUCCAUCUCCGCAGCCUCGCUUCGCCCGCCGCCGAGACCGUGAGAGGCGGCUGCCGGCCUGGCGCGUCGCACAUCAUGAAGCUACUACCGGCACCACUGGCGCCCCCGACGGCCCUGCAUUGGGCUCUGGCCGCCGUGUGGACCUGCUGUCUCUGGCAUCUAGCACGAUCGUUCCAACAGGUUUGCUACCUAGUAGCGCCGGUCAACUCGUCUGAUGCGCUGCCUAUCGCAUCGGUUGACGUGCGCCUGUGCAGCCAUGUGAUCAUGGGCUUCGGCACCGUCGAAGAAGACGGCAGCGUGAACCUGGACGCACUUGGUGGCCCCCAGACAUUGGCCUCCCUGGCCACUCUGCGAAAGCGUCGACCGGACCUCAAGCUCAUGAUCUCCGUAGGAGGGGGAGGGGGCGACGGCAACUUCAGGACCAUGGUGUCCGGCGCCGACAGCAGGUGGAGGUUCAUCGCCUCAGCGGUAUCAGCGUUGCGAGCGGCCCGCUUGGACGGACUCGACAUCGACUGGGAGUUCCCCAAGUUGAUGGAUGCCCGUCGCUUCGCGCGCCUGCUCAAGGCGGCGUCCGUGGAAUUCAAGAAGGACGCCCAGUGGCCGCUACUCCUGUCCGUUGCGGUGCCUGCCCAAAGCUUGCUCGUCAUCGGUGCCUACGACGUCCAGGCGAUGGCCAGGUCCGUGGACUUUGUAAACCUGAUGACGUAUGACUUGAACAUCUACAACUGGUAUACGCCAUGGGUGCGCCACAACAGUCCCCUGCUGUCCAGCGCCAAUGACCCGCCAUACUUCAAUACGCUCAAUGUGGAGUCAAGCGCCAAGCUGUGGGCAACCUUGGGCAUGCCAAAGUCCAAGAUCAUGGUGGGCAUUCCGACCUAUGGACUGUCGUGGGUGUUGCGCGAUCCCGACCGCUGGCAGGUCGGCUCGCUGGCCUCCGGUCGGGACCAAUACGGCGGCGGAUUUGUCAGUUACACUCAGGUGUGCGCGUUGCUGGAAAACGGCGCUCAGCGGGAGUACGACGCCGAAGCCAUGGUGCCUUUCCUGCACAAAGGAAAACUGUGGGUCAGCUACGACGACCAACAGAGUGUCGCGCUCAAGGCGUCGUGGACCGAGCGCAGCGGCUACGGAGGCACCAUGACGUUCAGCCUCAACUCUGACGACUGGGCCGGUGCCUGUGGCGACGGACCCUUCCCGCUGCAGAGGAGCAUCGUGGGCGCGGUCUCCGAGGAGCAGCCAAUGGUGGACCGCGUGGCUAAACCUUGAUAAGGAGCCUUCAACGAAGCCCAGACCGCGUCACCACGUCACAUAGCGCGAAAGCGUGCCACACGCAGAAAAGCAUGAGUGUGCCGCCGAACGUGUCCGGGGAUUCGUACAGCAUCUUCCGCCCGACCGCCCUCCGACACGUACCACGCGCUAUCCACAAUAGAGAGCGUGCGUUCUAGCCCACCAGCUAUAAAGCUGUCCUUAAUUCGCUUCUGCGCCGAUCGAACAGCACGCUAUCACGCGUGUUCAGGAAAGGGCAGUUAUGGAAAAGGUCGCAGACCUGACGAGCUAGUGGCUGCCAUUGGCGUUUCAGUUUUAUCCCUUCGUUCCCGUAAGACAUGCGAACCGGAAAUUGUGUAUUAGUGUGGCAGCAAGCACUCGCUACGACGAAAUCGCUUUCUUGUAUAUAUCACUAUACAAGCUUCUUCUUUUUUUUUUUUCGCUGCAGGAUCAUUCCAAUGCCCUAUAGUAAUGAAUUAGGAUUGGUAAAAGAGGUAACAGCAGGAAUAGAGGUGGGCGCGUGUCGUGCAGUGACCUUUCCACUUCAUCUACAGAACAAAAAAAGCGGUGUGAAAAUGAGAGGAACUUUUUUUAUGUUCUGAUCUCUCAAAGUUUGAAGCGUCGGAAGAGCAGAGAGAACCUCUCCGCGAGGACCAGCAACAGCUCCGGUCUUGAGCGCUGUGGCCUGCGCACUUUUGGUACAAACUUUACGAGUAGCACUAUUCGCGUUAGCUGAAUAAAACAGGCAUAUCUAACAAUUUCAUUGAUAUAGGGGAUCGAUUAGCUAUAGUUUAGAGGACCACGGUGUGAACCGUAUACUUCCGUACAUAUAUUCCGCGAAGAACCGAACAAUUGAGUGCUUUCAGGAUACAAAAAGAUUCUUUCCUGCAAGGCCACGAAAUGAGAAAGCUUUUGUUAUGCCGCGCCCAUACUUAACCGCUGUGCUCUAUUGCUCAUGUUAAGACUACGAACUUCCUCUCGACAUUGAAAUAUGCGGAAGGCAAAAUAAGAAUAUAGCGCGAGUUGGCUCUACAUCCUUAAAGCGCUUUUUUCCCCUCGUUUUUUAAUCUUCUUUUUUUUCCCCCCACCAGUGUCUCACCUUUCGCAUCAAGACGUAAAGACGGGGCGACAGUCCAUAAAUGAUCAAGUCACCUUUCAUUAGCCAAGUGUGUGUGCCAGCCUUGACGAGUAUUAUUUCCCGAAAACUACUUGAAUUACUUCGAACGAUGACUUGUCGCAGCAGCUUGCCACGUAUGCACGCGCACAAACCAACGACUUUGACGUUGACCUUCCCAUUUCCUUUACCCUCGGUUUCCCGCAGCAAAUGAAUAGCCAUGGAAGAGCAGAGCUGUGACUAAGCUCACUCGCACGCUCGUUCAUACCUCGAUCAUCACAACCUUAUCCAUCAUAUCUUAUGUGCAAGUUGAAAUUGUCAUGUAAACGGUCGGCUUAAAUUCCUGUAUAUAUGCUUCGUUGCUAGAGCGCAUCAUGCACGUUACAAACGUUGAUCUCGUAACAAGCGUUCCUGACGAGAAGACAGCGCAAGUCUUCGAAGUUUGCAAUUGUAUAUUUGCAAUAUGAUGCAUACCCUUGAACGUCAUUUUCCGCUAUUUUAUUAGUCAUCUUUUUU